UUUCCCCUGUUCUUUUCUAGCCUUCUAGGGUUUAGCGAUCAAAACACACUCACCCUCUUCUGUUGUGCUGUGCGCACCUCUCUCUCUCUCUGCAGCGCAUGGAGGAAGCUCCGUCUUCAGUUCCGGCGACAGCAUCGUGCUGGAGCAACGUGGUCAAGAAGCAACCACCACCACCACCACCGCAGCAGCACACUGAGCGAGUGUUGGUGGAAACCAGCGAAUCCCCCAAUGCCAUCUCCGUUGCCGUCGUGGACGCCAACGCCGUCAUCCAAUCCGGCGAAAAGCUCCACGGCCUCGCCGACAAGUUCAUCUCCAUCCCCGAAGUCAUGGAGGAAAUCCGCGACCCCGUUUCGCGCCACAAACUCUCUUUCCUCCCCUUCACCAUCCAAACCAUGGAACCCUCCCCCGAAUCCAUCAACAAAGUUGUUAAAUUUGCUAGGGCUACUGGGGACCUACAAACUCUUUCUGAUGUUGAUAUCAAGCUCAUAGCUCUGACUUAUACUUUGGAGGCUCAAAUUCAUGGGACAAAACAUCUCAGGGAAGCCCCUCCUCCCGUGCAAAUGGUCAAUGUAAAGAGGUUGCCUGAGAAGGACUUGCCCGGAUGGGGUUCUAAUGUCCCCAAUUUGGAUGAGUGGGAGGCAUUGGAACAAACCGAGGACGUGUCCAAUUCCAAUUCCAGGAUCCUUCCUUUGCAGGACCUGAGCUUGAACAUUGUUUCUCAUGAUGAGCAUUUUGUGGAUGGUUCCGUGGAGCGUGCAAGUGAAGCUGAUUCAGGGAUUCAGGAGGGAGAUCAGAAUGGUUCGAUGAAGCCUAGGAGAUAUCUGCCGAAGAAAAAGGAGAUAAACAUCGAGGGGAAGAUGAUGGUGGCUGAUGGAAUUGAUGCGUCGCAGGGAGAGGUUGAUGAUAGUGCUGGUGAUUGGAUGCCAGCUGUCAGUCGGAGUACUCAUAGGAGAUAUCUAAGAAGGAAAGCUAGACGCGAGUAUCAUGAGUUGUUGUCAAGUAAUCAAGAUCAGCAACAGUUGGAAGGAAAUGUUGAUGGUAGUGUUGGUGAAGAUGCUAGUGCUUUAAAUCAGCCUGCUCAUCACAAUGAAGAACAACAUAUUGAAAAUGCUGUGACAGAGGAUGAUAACGUGGUAAAAGAGAACAAAGACAAUGAAAGUAUCUAUGAAAUUAUGCAGCAAAUGAGGCUGCAAGAAGGUUCACUUGAAGUUCUUGAUGAGGAAAGUAAACCAAGUUCAUCUCCUGAAGAACUCCAGUCAGACAAUGCUGGAUUGGUGGAAACCGCAUCUGAUGGCAAUGCAACUGUGGUUAAUAAACUAUGUGACAGUAGGACAGAUACAAUUGAUGGCCAGUCAAAUCAACUGGAGAUUGCAAGCCAGACAAGUGAAGCUGCUGAUUUUUCAUAUGCAGAUGAUGAUGAUAGUGACCAAAGUUGGAUGGUUAGGUCUUUGUCUGAAUCAAGUGUAGCCUGUAUAACUGGUGACUUUGCGAUGCAAAAUGUUCUUCUACAAAUGGGUUUGCGCUUGCUGGCACCUGGAGGAACACAGAUACACCAGCUGCACAGAUGGAUUCUCAAGUGUCAUGCCUGUAACACUGUUACUGCUGAGAUUGGGAGGAUUUUUUGUCCCAAAUGUGGAAAUGGUGGCACCUUAAGGAAGGUAGCAGUCACUGUUAAUGAAAAUGGAAUAGUAUUAGCUGCCCGUCGACCAAGAGUUACAUUACGUGGCACAAAGUUUUCAUUGCCUUUACCCCAAGGUGGGAGGGAUGCAGUGACAAAGAACCUCAUUCUCCGUGAAGAUCAACUUCCCCAAAGGGUACUUUAUCCUAAAAUGAAGAAAGCCAAUAAGCAGGAUGAUGACUUCUUUACACCAGACAGUGUCUUCAGCCACCACACAGACAAGAAAGCUCCUUUCCAGCCUCCUGUAAGGAAAGCAAUGGCAGUUUUCAGUGGGAGGAGAAAUCCAAAUGACAAUCACUACUCACGCUCUAAAGCAUAAGUAGUGGAUCUCCAAAAUUUUGACUGGCUUCUAUUCCCCCCUCAAUUUUGUUUUUCAUUGCUUGACUUUGAAAGUUACCUGGAAAUUUGUUUUAAGCUAUGACAAACAUGAUUAAAAAAGCGUGUCUCAUUGUCUCUAGAUAUCUGGAAAUCUACGAUUUAUUUUAGGUGAUAGUGAAAGAAUUAAUUUCAUGAGAUUGGGUUUCAGUUUGCA